AUGGCUGCCACGGAUAAGCACCCUACCUUCAAAACCCCUACCUUCGAUCUACCGGCACCAAGCAGUGCUGGGGAAAGCUCAACACUAAAUGAUUCCAAUGGCGACUGGGAAAAGGCAUCCACAGUCCACCCAGAAGACGAAGCGCAACAACGAGUCCGCCAUUUGGAUCACGAGAAGACUGAACAAAAUGCCAAACACGACUCACACGGCUCCGAACCGCAAACUUUUGACAAAAUCGAAAUUACGGAAGCCGAUUGUGAAAAGGAUCUUGGUUUUGCCUUCCCGGAGUGGAAAAAAUGGACCAUUCUCACCGUGAUUUUCCUUGUUCAGCUAUCCAUGAACUUCAACACUAGUCUAUAUUCCAAUGGCUUGACUGGUAUCUCGGAGGAAUUCGGUGUCAGCGCACAGGGAGCAAGAUGUGGUGCCAUGAUCUUCUUGGUUCUUUAUGCUUUCGGUUGUGAACUGUGGGCUCCCUGGAGCGAAGAGCUUGGUCGAUGGCCAAUACUCCAGCUCUCCUUGACGCUCGUCAACAUUUGGCAGCUUCCUGUGGCCCUGGCCCCUAAUUUUGCGUCAAUCAUGGUUGGUAGAGCAUUGGGCGGUCUCAGUUCUGCGGGCGGCUCUGUGACCUUGGGAAUGAUCGCCGAUAUGUGGGAUGCAGAUACUCAACAGUACGCCGUCGCAUAUGUUGUAUUCUCCUCAGUAUUCGGCAGUGUCCUUGGUCCUAUCGUUGGCGGCUUCGUUGAACAGUAUGUCCCAAGCUGGAGAUGGACGAUCUGGAUUCAACUCAUCUUUGGCGGUGCCGUCCAGGCCGCACACUUCUUCUUUGUCCCCGAGACCCGGGCUACCAUUAUUAUGGACAAAGUCGCGAAGAAAAGACGCAAGGCCACUGGUGAAAACAUCUGGGGCCCCAACGAACUUGAGCCACUUCGUGAUCGCUUCAAUAUGAGAGAGGUUCUAAUUACCUGGAUUCGUCCAUUCAAGAUGUUCCUCACAGAACCAAUUGUGUUGACAUUGUCGCUCCUCAGUGGUUUCAGCGACGCUCUGAUCUUUAUGUUCAUCCAGUCCUUCGCUUUGGUAUAUGAACAAUGGGAUUUCCAAAUCUAUCAAGUCGGCUUGGCUUUUCUUCCCCUUGGUAUUGGAUACUUGCUGGCCUGGCUCGCGUUCAUCCCCGCUAUCAAACGCAACGUCAAGGAGAGAAGGGCAAAACCUGGCGACGAAAAGGCUCAGUAUGAAUCACGACUAUGGCUUCUUCUGUACGCAGCGCCUUGUCUCCCCAUCGGCCUGAUCGGCUUCGCCUGGACGAUUCAGGGGCCCCCGCUGCACUGGAUAGGGAGCAUGAUUUUUGCAGGAUUGGUUGGGAUAGCGAAUUAUUCGAUUUAUAUGGCCACCAUAGACUAUAUGAUCUGCGCAUACGGGCCAUAUUCUGCCUCUGCAACCGGCGGCAAUGGCUGGUCCCGAGAUUUCCUUGCUGGUGUCUUAACAAUUCCAGCCACUCCUUUCUUUGAGAAUAUUGGCGGUCGCUACCACCUCAACUACGCCGCGACAAUUCUGGCGUGUAUCUCUUUCGUUCUCGUCAUUGCGGUUUAUGUCAUCUAUUGGUAUGGACCAGCGCUUCGCAAGCGUUCUCCAUUCGCACAGCACCUUGCAAAUGCAAUGGCAGAUAGUGACAAACGUCGUCUGUCAUAUCUUCCAUCUGCGUCUGGCACUUCGGCAUCUCGGAGAUUAUCUCGCAUCAAUACAAAUGCCUCCCGCGAGGUCGAUUCGCGCCGACAAAGUCAAGCAGAAUUCGUUCGCAGACAAAGCAUGCCUAGGAUGGGGAUCAAUGAUGGUAAGAUGAGGACAUGCGAUUGUGAUUAA